UCAUCGCCCUCUGGACUCCCACAAGGAGACAUUUUCCACAAUCCUCUUCACUCCCUCACCUGAACUGUGUUUGUUAUUAUCCUCACCUGACAGUCAUCACCCUCAUCACUCCAUUGAUACCCUGCUGUUCUCUUUGUCUUGGUUUAACUGCUGACACAAUCACAAUGGCUAACUCCCCCCAACGUCAGUGCUCCAUCUGUAAAAAUCUGAAAAAAGAUUUAGUCACCAAGAGCUGUGGACACACCUUUUGCAAGGGCUGUCUGUGUCAUCAGGUAGACACCAGUGAUCCACAGUGUCCCCACUGCCUUGAGGUUCUUCAACGGGCGCAGAUGGAUGACCAGAGUCUCUUCACUGGUAAUAAAGGUGAAAUCCCUUGCAACAUCUGUGAAGAAAACCGUCCGUUCAUAGCUGUGAAGUCCUGCUUGACCUGUUUACUCUCAUACUGUGAGCAUCAUCUGAAGCCGCAUCAGUCUAUGGGGAGGCUGAAGGGUCAUAAACUAGUAAAACCAGUGGAGAGAUUGGAUGAGAGAGCAUGCAGUGUCCAUGGCAGACCACUGGAUCUCUACUCUACCCAAGACAAACGCUGCAUCUGUGCCUUAUGUGUGAAACCUGGUGUAGAUGUCAUACCUGUGGAGACAGAGAGACAGAGGAGAGAGGUCGACCGGCAAAAUACUAUUAAAAAGUUGGAAAGUAUGAUCAGUCAGAGAGAAAAAAAACUUGAGGAUCUUCAAAACACAGAGUCAAAAGAUCAGGCUGAGAUAAACAGAGAGCAGACAGAGAUAAGGGGGGUGUUUUCUGCAGUGAUGGAUGCUGUGAGGAGAGCUGAGAAGGAGCUGCAUGCUCCUCUAGAGGAUGGAAGAAGGAGUCUGGAAGAGGAGAUGAAAGUGAAGGCGCAGCAGGUUCACAAGGACAUCGAAAAGUAUACAGAAAUCAUUGACCGUUUGAAUCAAACUAAGAAUGAAGACGACGACAUCUUAUUUCUCCAGUCGUAUCCAUCUGUGCCUGCUGAAUUCAGAGAUGAUCUGAGAGUUUCUAUUGACACUGAACUAAACUUUGGCUCCAUGAGAAAUAUAACCGCAUCUGUUUUGACUUCUAUUAGGACUGAGCUGGAGAAUCUUUGCUCUUUUGAAAUGAGAAGAAUUCAGAGUUGUUUAGUGGAUGUGACUCUGGAUAAAGAAACCGCACAUCCAGCUCUGGAAGUGUCUCAAGAUGGCAAAACUGUAAGAGGCAAAGCAAACGCUCAUGACAUCCCAGGUGCCCCCAAUCAAUCCGGUCUGGUGUCUGGAGUCCUGGGAAGGUUUCAGAUCAAGUCUGGAAAAGCAUUCUGGUUAGUGGAGGUGGGACCGAAAACAGACUGGGAACUGGGUGUAGUGAGAGAAAAUGCAAACCGGAGAGGCACGGUCUCCUACAAACCCAAUGAAGGUUAUUGGGUCAUUGUGUUCUGUGGUCCAAACACGUAUGGAGCUUAUGAAGAAAAUCCCAUUCAUCUGCAUCUCUCCACCAAACCUAAGAAGGUGGGAGUGUUUGUCGACUAUGAGAGCGAUCUCAUCUCCUUCUACAAUAUGAACGAUCUGUCACAUAUUCACACAUUCACUCAGUGUAGAUUCAAUGGAACCAUCCGUCCGUAUUUUAAUCCUCUCAAUAAAGAUUCAGAUCCAAUGAUCAUUACACAGUAAAUACCUACAUAUAAAUGAAAGUUACUUAAUAUUAUGGAACAAAGUAUAGUGUAUCAAAAUAUCAUGGUGAUCGGAGGACUUCUUGUGGGAUUAUAGUAAUAGUGAAUAGAGGACAGUUUGUAUGUAAUCAUAUAUUUUAAAGUGAUGAGUGACUAUUAGAAUUGUAUUGUAAGCUUCCUUUCUUUAUAUCUGAAUCUUUUUAAAUGUUAAGUGACUUUUAUGUAAACUAAAUGACUUAUGUAUGGAAUAAACUUCAUAAAUUAACUUGUCUUGACCUGCUUAGAUUUAAGUAAUAUUAUUAGUUGGGUAAAAAUGAAAUGCUUAUUUUUUUCUGAGGCUUGUUCUACAGAGU